AUGGCAUGGAUGCUCAUGGGUGAUUUUAAUGCAAUCUUACACACCCAUGAGCGAACCGAGAGCAUUAGUAAUUCCUGCUUACGUGGUGAUCUAGCAUUCCAGAACUGUGUCAAUCAUUGUAGCUUACUUGAUAUUGGCUACCAUGGAGCUCCAUUCACUUGGCAUCGAGGAAAAUUUUUUAUACAUUUGGAUAGGGUAUUGGCAUCUUUAAACUGGCAGGUUUUGUUUCCUAAGGCGACUCUUACACACCUGAACCCUAUGAAAUCAAACCAUGCUCUACUUCUAUUGAAGUUACACCCCAACUACUUUGACUGCCACUCUAGACGACCCUUCCAUUUUGAAGCAGCUUGGAUUACGCAUAAGGAGUUUCCUGAUCUCUUGAAGUGUGAAUGGAAUAUGCAUAAUAAUUGGAAUCAACGCCUUAACCACACGAAGCAAUCAUUACUAGACUGGAACAGGUUCACAUUUGGCAAUGUAUUCUACACAAAAUGUAGACUUCUCCAACGCUUAAAUGGAAUCACGCGCAAGCUGCUUUAA